AUGAUUGCUCUCUCGGUACUCUCCUCCCCUCAGUCACUCUCUUCACCGCUUUCCACGUUUUCAGCAGUUGGCUCUGUAUUUUUCCGCACUUCUGUUCCCUGCGUUUUUUUUCCGAUUCGAUCCCCCAAUCUAACGCUUCAUCUCGAAUCCGCUCUUUUGAAUCUGGAGGCGGUUUAGAGGCCUCCCGAAGAACAGGAAUGUCCACCGUCCCUGCUACACCUUUCCGCCUUUUUAUUUCUUUCGAUUGAAAAUCAGUCAUUAUUACAGGAUCCGAAAGGAUUGGGACGCGGAUCAAUGAGCAAGAAUGAAGACCUCCAUCCACUGCUCCAUUCACCACCCGAGGGUGCGGUUAAAAUUCCCGUGAGUUUUAGUCUUUAUCUCCGUUGUUUGUGAAUAAGUCAGCUGACACUUCGGAAAGUUAUCGAUUCUGGACAACUGAACGUAUAACAAUUAACUGACUGCCAAGUCAAUGAUUCCGAAUGUCGAACAAUACAUUUCCGAACAGAAAACCGUCUGGAAUCAGUGCGAGAAUAUUUCGUCGGUGCGUACCUCACCAAAACAAGGCCCUCGUUCGAAUUUCGCGUCGUCAGCCGCGAUAGAAAUCUCAGAUCCUUAUUCAAGCGGCAAAACGGUCGACAUCUCCGGCUUUUCAUUCUCAUUUUCCUAUUUCAAAUCCCAAUUUCUUCUGUUUCCAGGUGCCGUCGGUGUCCGUCGGCAGGGAAUCAGUGCAGUCGAAAGGAAACAUGAAGACGACGAUUUUAGUGUGGCUCACGCUGCAAAACAGUAUACACACCCUGCUCAUCAGGUAUUUUGCUUCCAAAUCAAGUUUCCAAUAUUUAAAGUUUUCAGGUAUUCACGAGCCCGUGAAGUCGACGCAAUGUUCGUGAGUACAGUAGCGGUUUGGCUGACCGAAGUUAUCAAAUGUAUCAUUUGCCUAUUUUUAGUAGCGCAGGAGGAAACUCCGAGAAGGUGAAGCGAAAAUAGUGAACUGUCCUUUUUUAAAAAGUACCUUUUCCAGGUUCAUGUAUGCACUGAAAACGCAGAUAUUAGAGCAGCCAUACGACACGAUGAAAGUGUGUAUUCCAGCGAUGAUCUACAUUGUGCAGAAUAACCUUUUCUACGUGGCAGCUUCUCAUCUGGACGCAGCCACGUUUAUGGCGAGCGAUUCCUGAAACAUCUCCAAAAAACCGCUCAAUGUUCCAGAUAACAUCACAACUGAAGAUUUUCACUGCCGCCAUUUUCACGGUUAUCAUUCUGCGGAGAUCUCUCAAUAGGACACAAUGGUUCUUGCUUUUCCCUUGACAUCAAUCUCUUAACUUUCUCUCUGCAGGUUCGCCCUCGGAGUUCUCUUCCUCGGCGUUUCGCUCGUUCAACUGCAAGGUACCAAAUCGAAAGAAGUGGAAGGAGAGCGUCCGUUCGUUGGAUUUGUCGCCGUCGUCGUCGCUUGUUGCCUCUCCGGAUUCGCAGGAAUUUACUUUGAGAAGAUCCUCAAGGGUUCCGCGCCGGUGUCCCUCUGGAUGCGCAAUGUUCAGAUGGCCGUCUUCGCCAUUCCAUCGUCGUUCAUUGCCAUCUACAUGCAAGACGCCAAGACGGUCAAUGAGUACGGACUGCUCUACGGCUUCGACUCCGUCGUCUGGCUUACCGUACUUUGGUACGGUAUCGGAGGUUCGUUUUAUUUCCGAAAUCGUAGCCCACUUUCUAUCAGUGAAAUUGCCGACGUGCAGAAAUGUGAAUAGCAAAAAGCUAUCCAUUCGCAAAAAGACGCAAAAAAUCGUGUCUUUCUUUCUUUUACACCACUGUCCGUUUUGCAGGCCUCUCUGUCGCCGUUUGUAUCAAAUACGCCGACAACAUUGCCAAGAACUUUGCCACGUCGGUCGCGAUCGUGCUUUCGACGAUUGGCUCGAUGUUCUUGUUCGACUUCAUCCCUUCGUUCACGUUCCUUUUAGGAGCCGCCCUCGUCAUCUUUUCCAUCUUUCUCUAUUCGUCUCAUCAGGCGAUGGUGGCCGCUCUCGGAAGGUUACGCGGCGAAAUUCCGACCACAAAAGAAGCAUUCUGUUUGUAA